CAGAACUUUGAAACAAAAAAUGUAAGAACAACAAUUGAAUUACCAAGCGGAGGACAAAUGCCAAUUUUAGGAUCUGGGACUUGGCAUCCCUUUUACCAAUUUAGUGAAAUGGAUACGAUGAGUAGUUUGCAUGCAGCUUUAGAAGCGGGAUAUAGGCAAUUUGACCUCUCUCCUGUUCAUUUGAACGAAACAGAAAUUAGAAUCGUUUUAAAAGAAUGGUUCAAUUCUGGAAAAAUCACAAGAGAUGAACUUUUCAUUGUUAGCAAAUUAUCACCGAUGAGAAAUAUUCCGGGCAAAGUAGAAAAAUAUCUGAAUAAAACACUGAAAGACUUGCAGUUGGAUUACUUAGAUCUCUUUUUAAUUCAACUACCGGUGACUUUUGAAGAAGUAGAAUUAAAUAUGAAUACUGACAACGAAGCCACGUGGAAAGAAAUGGAACAACUAUUUCACACAGGGAUAGUGCAAGCCAUUGGCCAGUCAAAUUUCAAUAUUCCGCAAAUUGAGGAAAUUAUUCAAAUUGCACAAGUUCGCAUUUCCAAUCUUCAAAUCGAAAUGCAUGUUUACUUUCAGCAAAAGGAACUUCUGGGAUCGAACACGGGUACCUUGGGCUUGAAGCACUGCGCCUUAAGCACCUCAGCCGUUCAAGACAGAUAUGAACCUCUACAAUGUUAA